AUGGAUCCGUUCUCAUCUCAACACGACUCUAGACCUCACAACCCCUCGAAGGGUCGCUAUAAAUAUGAGGAAGAGAGAGCUCACCUCCCAAAAUUACUAUACAGGGCAUUGAACACAAUGGAGUCCUUGCUUACUCUUUUAGCUUACUCAUGUCUCCUCCUAUUUCCAAUAGCUGUAUUCUUGUGUGUCAAGGCCACUUGGCCGAUCCCGAGGCUCCCUCCUGGCCCGUUAAGGCUCCCAAUCAUCGGCAAUCUUCAUCAGUUGGGUGAGCAUCCAUAUCGCUCAUUCCGACUGCUUUCAGAGAAGUAUGGCUCCCUCAUGAGCCUAAAGCUUGGUUGCAUACCAACCAUCAUCAUAUCCUCCCCGGAGAUGGCCUCCGAGAUUCUGAAGAACCAAGAUCACAUCUUUUGCACCAGGCCUCCACUCGUCGCCUACAAGCGAUACUCUUAUGGCGGACGAGACAUGGCCUUCUCACCCUACAGCGACCAGUGGAGACAAUUGAGGAGGAUUGGCAUGUUAGAAGUCUUCAGUGCAAAGAGGGUGCAAGCCUUUCAGUCCAUAAGGAGGGAAGAAGUAAAUACCCUAGUCCAAACUAUAUUAAGACAAUCCUCGAGUGGUCUAGUGAAUCUUAGUGAGAUGUCUUUCUGCCUCUUUAAUAAUAUCACUACUCGAGAAAUCUUUAGCAAGAGGAUUUCGAGGGAUGGUGAGUGCACUAGGAGCAAAUACCAUGAUCUCCUAAGGGAGAUGAUGUCUUUACUGGGUGGGUUUAUUUUAGGGGACUUCUUUCCCUGGAUGGAGUGGUUGGAUGUGCUCACGGGCACGAGAGCGAGGCUCGAGAGGAGCUUCCAUGGCAUGGAUGAGCUUCUUGAGGAGGAGAUUGAGAAGCACAUGCAUGGAGGAAGCCGAGAUGACUUCAUUGGUGUUCUUCUCGAGCUUCAGAAGGAUUUAAGCCUUGGAUUCCCCCUCACAAAAGAUCAUAUCAAAGGCAUCGUCAUGAAUGUGUUCGUUGGUGGAUCAGACACCUCUGCAUCUACCUUAGAAUGGGGAAUGACUGAGCUCAUGAGGAACCCAAUGGUUCUGAAGAAAGCCCAAGAUGAAGUUAGAGGACUGCUUGGAAACAAAGGGAAGGUGGAAGAGGAUGACGUUCAACAACUUCGUUAUCUCAAGCUCAUAAUUAAAGAAGUUCUUCGAUUGCACCCUCCUGCUCCAUUGCUGAUUCCUCAUGAAUGCAUGCAAGAUUGCAAGAUAAAAGGAUAUAACAUUCCUAAGAAGACGAGGGCAUACAUAAAUGUAUGGGCUAUUAGUAGGGAUUCCCGGUAUUGGCUUGAUGCAGAAGCCUUCAUCCCUGAAAGGUUUGAGGACAAUGAUAUCAAUUUCAAGGGGCAACACUUUGAGUUGAUACCUUUUGGGAGUGGCCGAAGGAUAUGCCCAGGCAUGUCAUUGGGUAUAGUUUCUGCCGAGCUUGCACUUGCCAAUCUUCUCUAUAAGUUCAAUUGGGAUUUGCCUAACGGAAUGAGCAAAGAAGAUAUGGACAUGGAAGAGCAAUUUGGUUUGGUAAUUCACCGGAAAUCACCUCUUAUUCUAGUGGCAACCCCAACAUCUAUCGCUGCCUAGAGCUUCCUCUAUGAACCAAGCGCACUUAUCAGCACCAUCAUGGUUGAUUGUAACUAUAAUUAAGGAUGGAUAGAUUGCUUCUAGAUGACAUGAUAAGAAUAUAUACUCUUAUCGUAAUGAAUCUGCUUGGGCUUUUGCCUAAUCUCUUCCUAGGAACAAAGGAAAAAGAAAUCCAUAUUAGGAAGAAGGUCAGUUGAUUUCAAGAGUUCAUUAAGGUUAUGCCUUAUCCUUAUUGGUUGGAAUCUAAGUAUUACAAGUUUAACAAUGUUUUAUUAUAUGCAUUAAACUAAUAUGGUAUGUAUACGCAUUUGUGCAUAUAUUUAUGAAUUUAUUAUGUUUGCA